AUGCCAGACUACAACCCAAUCCAGGAUCUGGGUCUAACCUGUCCUUACGGCGGAAUCUUCUACAUCUGCGCUGACGAUCCGGAUCGCUUCAUCGGCUGCUGCACCAUCAACCCCUGCGGCGCCAGAAAAGGCUUCUGUCCUGAUCAACAUCUCAGACCCGCCAGCUUCAACGCGACACUUCAGCAUGAGUUCCUCCCUCAGGCUUGUUUCAACGAUAACGUCGAUGUCAGUUGGUACACCUGCGUUGGAGAGGGACUUCCUUUCUUGGGAUGCUGUGCCGCUGAUCCUUGUCUUCGUGGUGUUUGUCCUCAAAGAGAUCUGAGAGCAGCGAAGUUGAGUGACAAGGCCAAGAAUGCGUGGGGAUUUCUUGAUGGAGAUCCCGAGUAUAUGCCACGGCCUACGUCUUCGACCUCGGGUCCAGGGUCAGGUGUCUCUUCAGUCAGUCUGUGUGGUAGCUCGACCACUGUGAUGACGACCAUGACAUCCAGCUUCAUCACUUCUUUCGCUAAGGAAACAACCAUUGCAACAAUUACCUCUGCAGUUACAACGAUGACCUCUACCAUGACAAUCUCGCCUCCCAAGGCUUCUGAAGCACCUCCCGCGGGACCCAAAGAGCAUGGUUCGAACCAAAAGCUUGGCUGGCUAUCCCUUCUGAUCAUCCCACUUUUACUACUUCUAUACCUUGUGUACUACAUCUGGGAGUGUAGAUGCAGCCAUGAACGCAGAGACAAACGGCCCAAAGUAAAGUACGAACAGAAGCAUGAACAGGAACAUCGACACGAGCAACAGGAACACGAACACAAGAAGAAGCCGCCUCCAUAUCCAACAACUGAUCAGAUGAUCACAGAAGAUAAUUACCGGUACCUAUGGGGACGUUCAAGCAGGGCCAGCUCCCGAACAUCCCAUGAACAUCCACAGAACAUCCAAGGUCAACAACAUAAUCCUCCUAUUAAAGAUGGACGCUCCAGCGACAACAAAGAAACGGUCCCUCGACCUGCAGAUAAAUCGAAGCAACAAGCUUCAUCCGCCAGUGUCCAGCGAACAGCUCCAAACCGGAAGCCGUUGCCAGGGGUGAGCAACCAUACAAGCUGGCGAUGA